AUGAAUUACCAUUUGCUUGUCCAAGCAAAUUCUGCAGAAUUCACUGAGGAUGAAAUAAGAGAAAUUUUUGAAAAAUAUGGCAAAAUAAGGAGGCUUAAAUCAAUUUCAAAAGGAAAACAAGCUCAUAUAAUUUAUGGAAAUUUUUUUGAGGCAGUUGCAGCUCUUCAAGGUGUCCAUGAUAAACCACCAUUAAAAUUACAAGUUGAAUAUUAUAAAAAAGACGAUGAUUUUAUAUCACGUUAUGAAUAUACUCAUUGUCGAAUAACUUCAGUUGAUCCAAUUAAACGUUUCUAUCGUGUACGACGAGUCAAGGACGAAAAAAAUUAUAAAAAAUUUCAAGAAAAGCUUCAAGAAGCAUCAAAUAAAUGCUCAGAAACAAUUGAUGUUGAUAAACUUGUUGUUGGUAAUGUUUAUUCAAUUAUGUAUGGUGAAGUUUGGAAAAGAGGUAAAAUAUUAUCAAUUAAUCCAAUUGAAAUUGAUUUGAUUGAUGAUGGGAUAACAUUAAAGCCACCAGUACAAAUAACUAGCUAUAAAAAACUUGGUAAAUUAGCAGAAAAUGAUUCCUUUGCAGGAUGUCUUAAGAUAAAAGUCAGUCCAGAUAAUGAAAAUAAAGAUUUACAUACUGGAAGUUAUGUUGAAAUACGAAUGAUUGGUCAGCAUGAAAAUAUGGAUUAUGUUGUUAGAAAAUGUGAUGAAACAAUGGACAAUAACAUAAAUAAUAAAAGUACUAGUUCAAUAGAAAAUAUCAAAACUAGUACUCAAAAAGAUAAUGUUGAAAGUAAGUCAAAUAAAUCAACAGAUAUUUUACCAAGUGAUAUUUGUAUUUUCGAUUCAUUUGAACCUGAAAGUUCAAUUGAAAUUUCAAUAAGUGGCCAAAUAGACUCAACAACAGCAACAGCAGUAUUGUUAUAUACUGUCAAAAAAUCAUUUCAAUUAUUGGAUAAAUUAAAUGAACAUUGUAAUCAACUUGUGCAGAGUUAUAAUAAUUAUAAACCAAGUAUUAAUGAAUAUAUUUGUUUUAAACAAUGUGGUCAUAUAAAUUGGUAUAGAGGAAUUGUUUUAUCAGCAGGAGAAAUAAUAAAAGUUGCCUCACUUGAUCAAGGUAUUGAAACAACAGCUUAUAAAAUUAUACCAGUUCCAGAUAUGUUUAAAAACAUUCCAGCACUUGCAGUACAAAUAAAAACUCAUGAUAAAUUUCCAUAUUCAAUUGGUGAUUCAGCCAACUUGACAAUUUGUGAUAUUGAUAAAGAAUCAAAAACAAGUUUGGCUAAAUUUACAAAUUUAAAAAUUAAUUCAGAAGUACAAAUAACCCAGUGGAAACCUUGGAUAAAUAAUGGAAAAUCUAUUGAAGAUGUUGUUGUAGUGCUUGAAAAAUUACCAACAGCUAGAAUUAAGCCUUUAAAUGCACCAACAGAUGAAAACGUUAAUCCAACUAUUGUAGAAAAAGAAAAUAUUGUCAUUCCAGUAAUUGAAAAACGUAGUUCAACUGUUAUUGAAAAUCUUGCUCCAAAAAUUGAUAAAAAAAUUAUAAUUAAAGAUUUUGAUAUUAAAAAUGGAAGCCGAGUUGUUGUGCAAUCAUAUCUUGGUACUUCAGUUGUUUGUAUAGCAAGCAUAGAAAAUGAUAAUGUUAAACAAAAGGAAGAUUUAAAUAGAAUAAUAUAUGAAACUGCUGAGAUGAGUGAUUCAAUUGAUCAUCCAAAUGUUGGUGAUUAUGUAUUGGCUUGUUAUAAUGGUAAACAUUAUCAUUAUCGUGCAAAAGUACUUUCAAUUUAUGAUGAAAAAAUAGUUGUUGAUUUAAUUGAUUAUGGUUUAAUUGAAAUAAUUGAGCCUGGUAAUAUAAAAAAAAUGCCUGAAUCAUUGAUGAAAUAUCCUUCAUUGAUGAAACAAGUUACAUUAAAAAAUGUUGAUAAUAAUCCACCAACAAAAGAAGCUGCUAAUUAUAUUAAAACACUUUUUGCCACAGAGCAAAUAUUAUAUUGCAGUUUUGAUGAUAAUCUGCCAGACAAAGUUGAGCUUAAAACUCUUGAUAAUAAAUCAGUUAAUGAUGAAAUUAAUAAAUUAUUGAAAAAAUGUGAUAAAGAAAAAUUUAUUCCUGUUAUACCAAAACCAAAACCUCAAUUGAGAUUAAAUAAUAUAAAACGUGAAGAAUUAAAUAGUAUUGCUGCAAGAACAAAUACUAAUAAAAUUGAUUCAUCAAAAACAAUAGAAGAAACAGAAGAAUUAUCAUUAAAAAGAAAUUUAACAACAGAAACAUCACCAGAUACAAUAUCAUCAACAGAAAAAAGAAUAAAAUUAACAGAAUUAUCAAAAAAACCUGAAUCAAUUGAUAACACACAUAGACCUUCAAGAAAAUCAUUAAAAGAGAAAUCACCAGAAACAAAAAUAUCGUCUUCAUCAACAACAACAAUUUCAAAAAAAAGAAAUAUUUCUCCAAUAAUACCACACAAAGUAUAUCCAAGAUGUACAGAAAUUUAUUGUUCUCAUUGCAAGAAUUAUACUCAUUAUACAAAAGAUUGUCGUGCUUUGAAGCGAAAAAUGAAUCGUCAACGUCAGCCUCGAAGAUUAGAAAAUAAUUACGAGUCAUCAGGAUAUGAUGAAUUUCCUUAUGCUGAUAAUGAUUUACGAAAUCAAGUAUUAAGUCGAAGAUCAAAUUUUAAUAAUUCAAGCUAUGAUCGAGUUGGAUACUACUUUGAUGAGUAUUAGACUGUUCAUUUAGAUUAUUUUUUUUUUAAAUAAAUAAAUAGACAGAAUUUAUCGAGUUAG